AUGACAGCAACAGCAUACCCAGUAACCAUGUCAGACCUCAGAGGAGAGCCUGCCCAUUCUAGUUUCUGGUCCACCUACAACGGAUCUGCUCAUCUUGCCAACAGACUCGGCACGACAACCAUGGACUCUGGCUUUCACAGUUCGGCGUCGGCAUCCCCUCUUCCAGGCCGUCCUCGCAGCGGCCAUGAUCAGUCCUACUCCUAUGGGCGGUAUUCCCAGGAAGAGUCUAUUGCGUAUGAUCGCCACUCGCAACAGACCCUGCCCGCUCAGCAUGGCUACUCCAGUCUCAAGAGGCCCUUCUCGCAAACUGAACCGGCCGCAUACCAAGAAAUCGUCCAGGACUUGNGAGAUGAUGGCUCUCGUUUGACGGUAAAUCAGGAUCACAAACUGCUGGCCUUUAGGCGGACACAAGAUAAACAUACCAUCGUGGAUCAACAAGGCCGGGUGCAGCAACUGGAACUAUCGGCUCAGCUCCAUGGCAUGUUCUUCCUUUCCGAGAUGCCUUCGACCGCCAGCGAUGGAACUGCCCUACAGCCCGAAUUAACCUGCUACCGACGGAACCUGUUUCAAAUUAGCGGCUCUCUGAUCACCCCAAGAGGACAACUCUCUGUGGUAAACGAGAGUAAUGAGACCCUUCCAGUGUCUAACAUGGAGGUCGCCAUAUCUGCUAUUGAAUCUGUUGAUGGCAACCCUGUUCGCCUCAUUGUGAUUCCAUGGAAGACUCCCCCACCCAACGCCCCCGAAAUCAACCAGACCCCGGAUCAAGAGCCUGCCGCUCUUCCCUUGAUUCCUUUCCAGGAUGAUGGUUCUGAGCCUGAAGGCGACUACGCAGUCUAUCCCAUCGGCUGGCGUCGACUGCAGUUCAGAAUUGCUACUGCAAACAACGGUCGACGGAAGGAGCUUCAACAGCAUUUUGUGCUCCACCUUAAAGUGUUUGGAACCUUGUCCGACAACACUAAGGUCGUCUUGACGGAAUCCACGACGGCUCCUAUUGUAGUGAGAGGCCGUAGCCCACGGAACUUCCAGGCUCGUAAAGAGAUUCCUCUGCUUGGAUCCAGCGCUGGCUCAAGGGGCCAGGCUUUGGUGGAGACGGGCUUGGGCGUUGUCGCUGGCGCAUUAAGCGUGAAGCCUCAAGAGCUCAAGCGAAGCGUGGACAUUCAAGUGCCACGCUCAAGUUUUACCUUUAGCUCUCCCAAGGUCCCUGGGAGUGGACAGCUGAGUUCAAUGAGAUCAAACCAAUACUCAACAUGGAGUGCCAGCAGCAGCAACACCUCCAUCUCCCAAGUCGCUUCAUCCGGCGCAGGGAACUACCCCACAGCGACGAUGGGUGCUGAUACGUAUUCCAAAGUGUCCAACUAUACUUCAGACCCUCAGGAACUACCACUUCAGUCCGCGAUACCACCCCUGCCCCUUUCGAUUGGGGCAAAUGAGCAGCCGUCAUCAGCCCGUGGGCAGUACACCUACGUACAACAGCCAACUUCAGGGUCUCAAUUGCCGGCCAGCACGACCACAUCAGCAGUGAGCGGCCAUGCAGAUAGCGCCCUGAGCAUUCCUAGAUAUGUCGACAACGGACGCCCAAACAAAAGCCCCCGACAGAGUGGACAGCAAUCCGUCCACGCCACCAACUCUAUAAACAACAGCGAAUCGCCUGAGUACCGAUACGGAUCAUCUACACAUGGUUCGACCUCUUCGAGGGAAUACUACCCACCGUCCCAGGCAUGGUCUACUUCGGCUGCGGGGGAAAACAGUUCGAGCACAGCUUAUGCCAGCGCUGACGCAAGGCCGUACUCUUUCCCCCACGAGCCUUACAAGGCGGGGACGGCAGCUGCAUCAUCGGUCAAGGCCGAGUCUCGUGGCUCCUUUGAACCCAUGCACAACUACUCAUGGAACGCAAACUAA